AUGGAUGCGAUUGAGAAGGAGUUGGACAAGCUCACAAAUGGAGGGGCGAACCUGUCCAAGUCCAUUAAAGACAUCGACAAAUGCUUGGAAAUGUUGAUGGAUGCUCGGACGACCAUCGAAAAUGAUCCUACUGCGACAGUUCCUACGCUACAAGCCCUCGAAUCGCAGCUUAAGACAGGAUUCCAGCUUGCGACUGACAGUCUGAAAGGCCCCCACGGAGGUAUCGCGAAAUAUGGCAAGGCUCUGGACAAGAAAUUCAAACACAGUACCAAUGAAAAUACAUUCGGUGCCCUAGCCAACCGACAACCCCUCAUUAAUCGCGCAAUACAAAUGCACCUCCUCCGCGAGGGUAACUUCGAGAUUGCCGAAACGUUUGCCAAAGAAGCGGGUAUUGUUGAAGGUGUUCCCUCGGUACUGGAUAUUGAGUUUCGAGAGCUGUUUUCGAUUCAAGAAUCUCUCCGGCGGAAGGAGCUAAAGCCCGCGAUAGAAUGGGCUGAGAAACGUCGAGAUUUAUUGGAGUCUAGAGCUACCAAUUUGGAGUUUGAAUUGCAUCGUUUGCAGUACAUGAUCUUGUUGUUUCAGGGGACGCCGGAUGAUAUACCGAAUGCAUUAGCUUAUGCUAAGGCUCAAUUCGGGCCUUUCCAGAAAAAGUACCUUACAGAAAUCUCACAGCUUGCUGGUUGCGUGGUAUGGCGUGAGAAGCUGUCAAUGUCACCUUAUGCUGCUCUCAUCCAAGAUGAAUCCUCAUGGCAGAGCAUCAUUGAAUCAUUUACGACUGAAUUCUGUGCUCUUCUUCGACUUUCAGCAGAGUCGCCACUUUAUGUGGCAACAACGGCUGGCGCCAUCGCACUUCCGACGUUCAACAAGAUGGCAACAAUCAUGAAAGCUAAGAAGACCGAAUGGACGAGUCAAAACGAACUACCCGUCGAAGUACCCCUACCAGACAAGUUCAAAUACCAUUCGAUAUUCGUCUGUCCGGUCUCCAAAGAACAAACUACUGACUCGAACCCUCCGAUGAUGAUUCCGUGUGGCCAUGUGCUGGCUAAGGAUACCGUGCAAAAGCUUGCUAGGGGCACUGGUAGCCGGUAUAAAUGUCCUUAUUGCCCUGCUGACAGCUUACCGAAAGAAGCUCGAGAGAUAUAUCUGUAG